UCUCCUCUCUCCCUAUCAUGACUUGAAAUUGCCACCGCAUCACCUAUCUGACUGUACCUUGUAUACUAUUCACCACCUACGACGAACAGCAACAUGGCGACCCUAGACGCGGAGAAAGCCAGCAUCGAGCACAUCGAGUCAGGCGACGGAUUGAAAGACCAGAAGAUCGGUCACAGGGAUAUGAAGCACGGCGACAAGGCCUUGCAGAUUCUAGGCGAUGAGAGAGUGGAAGUUACAGAAGAAGACGAUAAGCGAAUACGAAAGUUGACCGACAAGUAUAUCCUCUCGGUUCUCGCCUGGGUCUAUCUGUUGCAGAUCUUGGACAAGACAUUGUUGGGCUAUGCGAACACUUUUGGGCUUUCGGAUGAUGCCAAUCUUGGCGGGAGCCAGUACUCCAUGGUCGGCUCCAUCAGUGCCAUCAUGCAGCUUUGCUGGCAGCCCUUCUCUUCGUGGCUGUUGGUAAAAGUGCCUCCACGGUACCUUAUGCCUACCAUGGUAUUUGGAUGGGGAGCCGCUCAGGCAUGUAUGGCUGCCGCGCGAAACUAUUCUUCCUUGAUGGCCUGCCGAGCUUUCUUGGGUUUGUUUGAAGCUGGAUGCCUUCCCCUCUUCUCUCUCAUGACCUCUCAAUGGUACCGUCGAUCCGAACAGCCUCUCCGAGUCGCCAUCUGGUACUCUACUAACGGUAUCGCCACUAUCCUCGCUUCAAUCCUCGCUUUCGGCCUCAGUCACAUCGACAACCCGCAUAUCAAGGGUUAUGAAGUGCUCUUCUUGCUUUGUGGCCUUGUCACCGUCUUAACUGCACCCCUCAUAUAUUUCAUGAUUGACAACGAUAUAUCCUCCGCGAGGUUCCUGUCGGACGAAGACAAGGCUAAGGGAAUCGAGAGAUUGAGGGCGAACCAAACGGGUACCGGGUCUACCGAGUACAAGUGGGCGCAUGUGUUUGAGAUCUUCUACGACCCCAAAUCGCUUCUCUUCUUCGCCAUCACCUUUUUUGUCAACACUGGUGCCUCCACCGUCAACGUCUUUGGCCCUACCUUGAUCAGCGGCUUCGGGUUCGACGCCAAAAUCACUGCCCUUCUCAACAUGCCCCUUGGCGCUCUCCAGUUUCUCACCAUCAUCGGCGGUUGCUUCUGCGCCUCCAAGUUCAAACUGAAGUCUGCUGUACUCGCUGCUUUUGUAAUACCUGUUAUCAUUGGCCUUGCCCUUCUCUAUGUCGAAAACACUAGGAAAGGCGGAAAUGGACUGAGGCAAGGUCCGGCAUUGGUGGGGUACUAUCUGUUGGCAUUCUUGUUUGGGACAAACCCGAUCACUGUUUCGUGGAUUGUGGCAAACACUGGUGGACAGACGAAGAAGGCGUUGUUGAUGUCGAUCUACAACGGCGCCUCUUCUUUGGGCAACGUCAUUGGCCCCCUCCUCUUCAACGCAAAAGACAAACCCCAUUACCUCCCUGGUAUUCGCGCCAACCUCGGCCUCUUUUGCGCCCUCUUCGGCACUGUCGGCAUCUGUGCCUUCUACCUCUUUGUCCUCAACAAGCAGAGGCAGAGACAGAGGGUGGCGGUUGGGAAACCAAAGUAUAUCAAGGAUACGUCGAUGAGCAGCAAGUAUGAGACUUAUGGGGCUGAUGAUGCUACUUUGGGGCAGAAUGGUGAGUCUUGGUCCUGACGCUUUUGGAUCACUGCUAAUGGGCGGACUUCAGCUUUGCUCGAUCUGACGGACUUUAAGAAUGACGAAUUUGUGUAUGUGUACUGAGCUUUGGGAGUGUAUGUCUAUCUGUUUGCCAGGGCCGGGCUUGGUUCUGAGAUGUAGAGAAGAGAAGAAGGGGCCGAAUUUCUUUCACUGCAGAGUGUGUAUACAGUAGGUCUCAUAAGAGACCGAAAGAAAUAGUAAAUUGAAAUGUGUACUAGUAAAUAUGUGUAUGUACUGUACCAUGAAUCAAUAUCUCAUCGCUAGGCUGUCGCAUACUCGAAACUUGUGGGCGUCUGUGAUAACGUGCUUAUCAUGCCCAAGCUUGAAUGGCGACAAAGUACUAGUACUUUUCGCACACCGCACCGCACCGCACAUGUGUUGGUUAUGGACCAUGGG